UGCUCCAUCUGCUUAUAUAGCCAUGAAGAGAACUAGAGAAGAGGUUGUUGGUGUAGACAUGGAUAAAGUUCUUAUGCUACUAUCAUGUAGGUUAGAAACCAAGUUCAAAAGAUGUUCAUCUACCCCAAAUGAUGUGUUCGAGUGCAAAACUUGCAAUCGUCAAUUCCCAUCGUUCCAAGCUCUUGGUGGCCACAGAGCAAGCCACAAUAAGCCAAGAACGUUAAUGGGCAGUGAUCAAGACCCGAAAAGUGAGAACAAAAUGGCGCAAAGCAAGCCGAAAAAGCACGAGUGCUCCAUAUGUGGGCGUGAGUUUAGUUCGGGACAAGCUUUGGGGGGUCAUAUGAGAAGGCAUAGAACGGUGAAUGCUCGGUUUUCUGCUACCAUUCCUUCUGGUGCGUCGGUUGAUGGUGCUUCAAAGAUGAAGAUUCCGAUACUAGUGAGAUCGAAUAGUAAGAGGUUGAUGUGUUUGGACAUGGACCUGAACUUGACGCCUCUAGAGAAUGACUUGAAGCUGUUGUUUGGGAAUAUGGCACCAAAAAUUGAUACUUUGAUUUCAUAAAUUGAUGUAAUUGUCACCAACUGAUCAACCUUGUAUUCAUUCUUUUAUUUAUUUGUUGUAAAUUAUCAUUAGAUCAAUGUACUUACCA